UUUAACUUGACUGUUGUUAUAAAAAGGCGCCGUUAUCCCAGUUCCACGGCCAUUCAUUCUGGAUUCUUGGUCGUAGUUGUCGGUGCGAAGACAAAGUUUACCAUCGUCAAAAUGCCUGUCACAUAUAUCGAGUGUCUGGAUGACUUUAAAGGCGCUCUCCAGGGGGCCGGAGACAAGCUGGUGGUGGUGGACUUCACAGCCACGUGGUGUGGACCCUGCAAAACAAUUGCCCCCUUUUUUGAAGAGCUGUCAAACACACACGCCAACGUUGUCUUCCUGAAGGUGGAUGUUGAUGAGGCUGCGGAUGUAAGCCAGGAGUGUGGCAUCUCAUGCAUGCCCACAUUUCACUUCUACAAGAAAGGAGAGAAGGUCCAUUUCAGGUGUUCGAGUUCUCCGGCGCCAACAGAGAGACACUGAAACAAAAACUGGAGGAACUGAAAUAAGCUUGACUGAACAUCAGCAUGUAGCCUUUAACGCCAAGAAAUUCCGCUUUCAUUUAAUGUGUCCUGUAUCAUACGGAGCACAGUUUAUUCCACGCAUCACGGUGACACAGUCCUUUUAGGUCAGUGUGCGUCUCGUCUUAAACUGGUUCAAUUACAUCGAAACCUGACGCUGACUUUUAAUACUUUUAUAAGAACUGGAAACACUGCAAAACUUUUGUUUGUAUAACCUGUUGUGUUGAAGGGGAUGUAAUAAAAGAUGCCAAUGAAACCCUG